CCUCGCCAUGGCGUCGUGUCUCUGCUCUCUCAGUAACAGAAAGUGGCCGCCUCUCUGCUGCUGCUGCCGACUCAAAGCUCACAGACUCGCUCGGCGCCUGAAACCGCCAUUUUGGAGUCAGAGAACCGAGAGUCGGCCAGCAGCGAAGAGAGAGGCGAAAAGGGGGGACACGGGGGUUGAGGGGUAUUAUCCUUUGUAGAAACUUUCAUCUUGGAAUAAAGAACAAUGGCAUCCCUUACUGAGAAGUAAAAGUUGCUGCCCUGCUGGGCAGAGCUGUCUGUGCUGCAUGGCGUCGGGGCAGGGUGGCCGACUGGAGGUUGGAUCAUCGGGGAGCUCCGGCCUAGCCAAACCUCUUUACCUGCAGCGCUUGGAAAGAUCCCUGAGGUUGGACAGUUUUCUGCGCCAGACUGCCGUCGUCUUCAACCGAGACAUAACCAGUGAUGAUAGUGAUGACAGUGAUGACAGCGAUGGUGAAUUGGGGUCAGGGCUUUCCUUGGACCCCUCUACUCAGCAUACAGCGAUGACAGUGAAGACUGAGCCAUGUGAGGAAAGGGAUGAGUUGUCAGAGGGGAAGCCCCUCAACGGCAUUCUGCUGCAAGGUAAAGACCAAAAGGCAGACAAAGCUAGUUUUUACAAUUUCUCCAAGCUCAAGAAGAACAGGAAAUGGCUGAAGAAUAUCCUGCUGAGUGACGACACCACAGACUCGGACACGGACUCAGAUGACUCUGACUUCUGUUUGUCUCGAGAGGAGCUGCAUGACAUGCUAAGGCUACAUCGCUUCACCAGGCAGCAUCAGAGCAAGUUUCACUCUGACCGAGAGCUUCAUCAAUAUCAGUAUUAUAGCACCGGUCUCCUUUCCACUCAUGACUCCUUCUAUGAGCAACAGCGCCACCUUCUGGGCCCGAAGAAGAAGAAAAUCAAAGAUGAGAAGAAAUUUAAAGCCAAACUAAAAAAGGUGAAGAAAAAGAAGAAACGUGGCGAGGGAGACUUUCUGGAUGAAGGGCGCCCUUAUGUCACCAAGAUCUUUGCAAAGUUUUCCCAUGAUGCUCCAGUGCCUGUGGUGAAAAAGAAACAUCUCACCAUUGAGCAGCUGAACGCACGAAGACGUAAAGUCUGGCUAACCAUCGCUAAAAAGGAGAUCCCCAAGACUUUCAAGCAGAAGACCUCUGCAAAGAACUUGGUGUUAACCAAUGCUAAAAAGUUGGCUCAUCAGUGCAUGAGAGAGGUACGGCGGGCGGCUAUCCAGGCCCAGAAGAACUGCAAGGAGACAUUACCCCGAGCUCGCCGCCUCACCAAGGAGAUGAUGCUCUACUGGAAGAAGUAUGACAAAGUAGAAAAGGAGCACAGGAAGAGGGCAGAGAAGGAGGCGCUGGAGCAACGCAAACUAGACGAAGAGAUGAGAGAGGCAAAGCGUCAGCAGCGUAAACUGAAUUUCCUCAUCACACAGACUGAGCUGUAUGCUCAUUUCAUGAGCGGGAAAGCAAGCAUUGGGGGCCCAGAGGGAGACACGGCUCAGGAGGAAAUUCUGAGUAAGCUGGAAGACAAAGCAGCGCAGAGACAAAUUGACAUCGGAGGAGGAGUGAUGGUCAACAUGGGACCGGAGGACUACGAUAGUGAACACUACAAGUCGCAGGCCUUGAGGAAUGCCAAAGAAGCUUACCUGAUUCAUCAAGAGAGAACGCGCAUGUUUGAUGAGGAGGCUAAGGACAGUCGCUGUGCAUCGCUGCACACAGCUAGUUGUGCCCCUUCAGGUGCCGGCUCUGGGUUUGGAGAGAGCUACAGCCUUGCCAACCCAUCCAUCCAUGCGGGUGAAGAGAUUCCUCAGCCCACAAUCUUCAAUGGCAAACUCAAGGGUUACCAACUCAAGGGCAUGAACUGGCUGGCCAACCUCUAUGAGCAGGGGAUCAAUGGAAUCCUGGCAGACGAGAUGGGCUUGGGGAAAACGGUCCAGAGUAUCGCCCUAUUGGCACAUCUGGCAGAGAGAGACAACAUCUGGGGCCCAUUCCUCAUCAUCUCUCCUGCGUCCACUCUCAACAACUGGCACCAGGAGUUCACCCGCUUUGUGCCUAAAUUCAAGGUGUUGCCGUAUUGGGGGAAUCCUCAUGAUCGCAAAGUGAUCAGGAAAUUUUGGAGCCAGAAAACCCUUUACACACAAAACGCACCUUUCCAUGUUGUGAUCACGAGCUACCAGCUUGUUGUUCAGGACGUCAAGUACUUUCAGAGGGUCAAGUGGCAGUACAUGGUUCUGGACGAGGCCCAGGCACUGAAGAGCAGCAGCAGUGUUCGUUGGAAGAUCCUGCUGCAGUUUCAGUGUCGAAACAGAUUGCUGCUCACCGGGACACCCAUCCAGAACACCAUGGCUGAGCUGUGGGCCCUGCUGCACUUCAUCAUGCCCACACUGUUCGAUUCCCAUGACGAGUUUAACGAGUGGUUCUCCAAGGACAUCGAGAGCCACGCUGAAAACAAGUCUGCCAUCGACGAGAACCAACUUUCCCGACUUCACAUGAUCCUGAAGCCUUUCAUGCUGAGGAGAAUCAAGAAGGAUGUGGAAAACGAGCUCUCAGACAAGAUCGAGAUCCUGACCUACUGCCAGCUGACGUCUCGGCAGAGGUUGCUCUACCAGGCUCUGAGAAACAAGAUCUCCAUCGAGGAUCUGCUGCAGUCCUCCAUGGGCACGUCCCAACAGUCCCACAGCACCACCUCCUCCCUCAUGAACCUGGUCAUGCAGUUCAGGAAGGUGUGCAACCACCCCGACUUGUUCGAGCGCCAGGAAACUCGCUCUCCUUUCCACAUGUACAUCAAGCCCUACAUCAUGUCGAAGUUUCUGUACCGGCACGGCCUCAUCCACGCACACAACCAGGCCAAAAACAAAUUACUUCAAGUGUUGCUGUCUCCCUUUUCUCCAAGUCACAUUCAGCAGUCUCUUUUUCACAGAAAAGGUGAUGACAAAGGAAGCUGCUUCUCUUUCCUGCGCUUCAUCGACGUGUCACCGGCAGAGAUGUCCAGUCUCAUGUUGCAAGGCACCUUAGUGAGAUGGUUAGCCCUUUUUCUCUCCCUCAAAUCGGCAUAUCGGCUCCACUACCAACGUCUGUUCGGCCUUGAAGAAGAGGGUCAGGCGGAAACCGGAGACUCGGAGGGGGACAGAGGAAGGUCACCGCCCAGGAAUCAAAAGUGUUUGUCUCGCAAGGACCUUAUUCUGUGGCCUAACAGACCCACAAGUUUCCCCAACACGCACACAAGCUCAGUCCUACAGGAGCUGGUGUUCACAGCCUUAAGGUCCGGCAUCGUCGGACACACAGACGUGAUUAUCCACAGUCGAAGCUCUGCCACCUCCUCGGUACGACCCUGCCAGCUCACACCGCCACCCAAGUUCCUGCUAGCUGCCACACCCAGGGUGACAGCAGUUCCCAUGGAGCGUUAUUGUGACGACCGCAGUGCAGAGUACGAGUGGCGGGUGACACGCUGCGGUGGGGGCACCAUCUUCAAACAGUGUUUCCUUUACGGCUCCCCUGAACUCGCUUCGGAAUGGCAGGCUAGAGCCAACUCCUUCCACCCACAAUGCCCUGGGGGUGUGAUGGCCAUGUACCCUCGACACGGAUGGUCCUUCAUACGGAUACCUGACAAGGAGAGCCUGAUCACAGAGAGCGGCAAGCUCCACACCUUGGAUAUCCUGUUGAGUCGGCUGAAGAACCAGGGACACAGAGUCCUCAUCUACUCCCAGAUGACGCGCAUGAUAGACCUGCUGGAGGAGUACAUGGUUUAUCGGAAGCACACCUACAUGCGCCUGGAUGGAUCCUCCAAGAUUUCUGAGCGCAGAGACAUGGUGGCAGACUUCCAGAGCCGGACGGAUAUCUUUGUCUUUCUGCUGAGUACGAGGGCUGGAGGGCUCGGCAUUAACCUGACUGCUGCUGACACUGUUAUUUUCUAUGACAGUGACUGGAACCCCACAGUGGACCAGCAGGCCAUGGACAGAGCUCACAGGCUCGGGCAGACCAAGCAGGUCACUGUUUAUCGGCUCAUCUGUCAGGGAAGCAUCGAGGAGAGGAUCCUGCAGCGGGCCAAGGAGAAGAGCGAGAUCCAAAGGGUGGUCAUCUCUGGAGGUAACUUCAAACCAGACACGCUCAAACCCAAAGAGGUGGUCGGCCUGUUAUUGGACGAUGAUGAACUGGAGAAGAAAUUCGUGUUUGGUCCUGCAGUACGUCAGAGGCAGGAGGAGAAGAGGCAGCAGGAGGAGAGCAGCAAGGUGAAAGAGCGCAAGAGAAAGCGGGAGAAGUACGCUGAGAAGAAGAAGAACGAGGAGUCUGAGAACAAGAGGAAAAAAGAGGUGAACCUGGUCAUCUCUCAUGCACCGUCAGCUGACAACUCCAACCUGUCUGCAGACGGAGAUGACUCCUUCAUCAGUGUAGAGAUGGACUCAGCCAUGCCCAGUCCUUUCAGUGAGAUCUCACUGAGCAGCGAGCUGCAGCCCGGUUCGUUACCCCCAGAUGCUGAUGCCGACGAGAGCAGCAGCGACAUGCUGGUCAUCGUGGACGAUCCCGUGUCCUCCGCGCCACAGUCUCGAGCCACCAACUCCCCUUCCUCUGUGUCUGGAUCGGUCUCUGACAACAUGAAUGGUGUGUCAGCCUCUGAUACAGUCAGUCCCGGCAGAGGCCGGUCUGGGCGGAGUCGGGGGAGACCUAAAGGCUCAGGGGGCGGAGCAAAGUCUGGUGGAAAAGGACGAGGGCGCAAGUCGACGGCAGGCAGUGCAGCAGCUAUGGCAGGAGCCAUGGCCGGUGCAGCGGCUGCGUCUGCAGCAGCCUACGCUGCUUAUGGUUAUAGUGUUUCUAAAGCGGGCCUCUCUGCCUCCAGCCCUCUACAGCCUUCCCUGGGUCGGUCUAGUACCAGCCCUGCCUUCAACCCCAGCAGGAGCUCCUCCCCUCAGGCCAAAGGAGGCGCCUCCACCCCGAGCCCCCACAAACAGCUGGCCCACAGCCACCACCACCUCCACCACAGCAGCCACGGCGCAGUCAGGAAGGGCAAGGGGCCUGCUGCUCCUGGGGCUCGAUAAUGUACUCAUGCACACCUUGAACACACACACACAGACAGACAAAUGCACACACACAGAACACCAGAUACCUGACCUAUUCUCACUGUGACCCCCACAGACACACUACAUCUAAAAUAAAAAUGUAAACAAAGUUCACUUCAAGGAGGACCAUGCUGGUUCAGUGACUAAAGCUGCUUUUCCACCAAGGCUGGAACGCUGCAAGUACUCAACCAAUAACAAUUUUUCAGGUUCUUUCUUCUCAGAAAGAACUUGCCCUUAGCAGGGUUCUAUAUAGGGGCGAAAUAAAGUUCCUGGGACUUUAUUUAGACCUCAGUCCCAUAGGAGAGUAACUGCAGUGGUAUCGUAACUCAAAAGGACCCUCUUCAGACCUACACACACACACCCACACACAGUCAUUUAAAGGUACAGUCCCUACCAGCCUGCACAUUUCCUGGUUCAUUGAUACUUUUAAGUUGUGGACAGAAAUCAGCCUCGAGUAUUUCUGCUUGCAUUGUGACGAGAGUAUUUUCAAGUGCUUUUCGAGGAAGACAAACUUUUCUAUCCGUGACAGGAAACUUUCUCGAUAUGCUACCUAGUUGUGAUGUAAAAAAAAACAAAAAAAAAAAAAGGCGUGGAGUGACACACGUAGCUUCAAGGGCUGUGAAAUCCUUGUGUUGGCCAAGGUAGAGGGGAAAAGAAGUUUCUGUCAAAUGCACUGAGCCAAGUCUUCCGUUAUUGAGUGUUAUUGAUUCUCUUCAUUGUACAUUAGGGUUAUUUAAUUGUUGUGUCAAAAAAAAUGCUCACUGCAUACCUGUGGAUGACUCAGCAUCUCACAGAGCUUAAUGUGAACCUUACCAACCCAAACUUUACCAAACUACAUGUCCACAGCUUUUCUACUAAAGCUCAUAUUUUUGUAAGAAAGAUGUAAGUACCCAAACCGACAUAGCAGGCCUUAGCAUUUUGAACAUUUCUUGCCGCACUGGUGGGAAAACGAAAUUUAUGAUAUAUAUUUUUUGUUCAAGAAUGAAUGAAUGGAUGAUGUUACGAUUAUAUUCCAAAAUGAUACAGCAAUGCUGCUAACAGAAAAUGAAUGAAUUCACUCAAAUCAUUUGGUUGUUGAAUAGUUAAUUUAUUUUAGUGUUCAAAAAAAGUGGGCAGUUCAUGAUAAUUGUGAAUGGGGGUUUUCACCUGUUGAACAGUGUAAAGAAUAGUACUGAAGCCAUUUUUAUUUUUCAGAUGUUUUCUCGUGUUGAGGAGUCUGUGGUUCUCUUUGAUGUCAUCGAUGUUUUAGAAAGACAACACAACAGGUUUGCAUCAGUGUCCUAAGUUGAGCACUAUAUUUGUUCUAGGUUUGUUUGUUUCUGUGUUAAUAGUGUGAUUAAAAUAUGAUGUUCUAUAUUGAUGUACAUAAUGGUGAGGGCGACAUCGUCCUCUGGCUUUCCCCUUGUUUGCCUGUCUAUUUUUAUAGGUCAUGUGUACAUAUGAAGAAAUGCAUCUUCCAUUUUACUAACUGAAGGAGCCAGCUGAAAAUAAAAAGAGUCAAAUCAG